AUGGACGAAGACAUCGCACAGUUCAUCAACGUGACAGGGGCAUCGCCUGAAGUGGCCAGGGCGCACGUGCUAUCGGCCAAGGGCGAUGUGGCGAUGGCGCUCUCUGUGUACUUUGAAUCUGGCCUGCAUGAGAACUCGGUGCCAUCUGCUGCUGCGUCUUCUCCCCGCGGUCCGGCGCCAGAGGCAUCGCGUGAAUCUGUAUCUCAAGGACCGCGUACGCUCACCGGCGCACCUGCCCCUCCGUCAGCACCGUGGCCGUCCGCUUCGGCCGGCACACCAGGUACCGCGCGGCCGCGUGCUGGUGGCAUCAUGACAUUCCGCGAUCUUCGGUCUGAUGCAGAGGUGCCUGAAGCUAGAGACGGCGAAGAUCCCGUGAACUUGUACACUGGUGGCGAGCGCAGUGGCCUGAGCGUUGAGAACCCUCGGCAGCGCGAUGAUGCUGGCCAUGGCCUGGUCAACGACAUUCUUUCACAAGCAUCCCAGUCUUCUCACAGACCACCCAGGGAUACACGGCCUGCUUCAUCGAGCGCUUUCUCCGGCAAGGGCUAUUCGAUCAAUGGCACUACGGUGGAUGAUGAGUCGCAUCCCUCCGGCGACCCCACGGAUGGCGAUGUAAGCGAUGAAGAGCCUGCUGUACGUCAUCUUACGUUUUGGGCCGACGGCUUCUCUAUUGGCGACGGCCCGCUCAUGCGGUAUGACGACCCCGGAAACCAAGAAGUCUUGGAGGCCAUCCAUGCUGGUCGUGCGCCUCUGCAUCUACUCGACGUGCGAUUUGGACAGCCCGUGGAACUGGUCGUUUCGCGCCGUACAAACGAGAAAUAUGUCCCACCCCCACCGCCUCCCGCAAAGCCUUUCGAAGGCGUCGGCAACCGCCUUGGAGCGCCGAGCGUCGUCCCCGCUCCUUCAAAUCAGGCCCCCAAUGUGGCACCGCCCACUCCUGCAUCUAUUCAAGCUGACCCGUCCCAGCCCAUGACGCAGAUUCAAGUCCGACUCCCGAACGGCCAGCGACUCAUUGCCAAACUGAACCUAUCGCAUACUGUCGCAGAUUUGCGCACAUACAUUCUCUCGUACGUUGUUUCUAUGGACUAA